AUGGACGGCGGCGGGGAGGACCAGCCCGCAGGCGUUCUCGGCGGGGAGGACCAGCCCGCGGUCGUACUCGGCGGGAAGGACCAGCCCGCGGUCGUUCUCGGUGAGGAGGACCAGCCCGCGGUCGUUCCCGGCAGGGAGGACCAGCCCGCGGUUGUGCUUGGCGGGGAGGACCAGCCCGCGGUCAUUCUCUGCGGGAGGGACCAGCCCGCGGUCGUUCUCAGCGGGGAGGACCAGCCCGCGGUCGUUCUCGGCGGGGAGGACCAGCCCGCGGUCGUUCUCGGCGGGGGGGGGGACCAGUCCGCGGUCGUUCUCUGCGGGAGGGACCAGCCCGCGGUCGUUCUCAGCGGGGAGGACCAGUCCGCGGUCAUUCUCUGCGGGAGGGACCAGCCCGCGGUCUCCGCGGUCGUUCUCUGCGGGAGGGACCAGCCCGCGGUCGUUCUCGGCGGGGAGGACCAGUCCGCGGUCGUUCUCGGCGGGGAGGAGCAGCCCGCGGUCGUCCCGCUGUCGUGCUCCGCGGGUGCUGGCAGCGCUGACGCGCCAUUCGGCCGUGCGCCCAUUGUUAAGAACCGCCGCUCUCGUUUCCUGCUGUUCCAGAAGUGA